AUGGCGCCGGCGCCCCUCAUCAGGCUUGUCUCUGGCUAUGCCAAAAUAAACACUCUCCUCCGGCGCUACCAGAUGGACCAGCGUGCUCUUGUAGCUUGCCGAAGUCAUUUACAGAUUCAAGGCAACAUUCGGUUCAUUCGAGGCUCACUCACAUGCCUGUUCCAGGUCCAGCUAGACGGCCAGGCAUCCCCUGCCAGCCAUGUGCCGAGGGUACCAUCCAUGUUCGCCGAGCUAACUAGCAACGAAGCGUUCUGGAUGAGUCGUGCGCCUUGGCCCGGACUGUCGAUCCAAACUAUCGAGACUGUCGCCCAUUGUCAAGGCUCUCAUGGUCCUUCUUGUUACGGCUCUGUGCCCGGCUCCGCUGGGCCGGUCAUGGUCACCAUGCCCAUCUCGCGCCGAUCAGGGAAUCACGUCGUGACGUCCUCGGUUGCGUGCUACGUCUAA